AUGAAUUCUGGUGUUAAAGUACUGGCUGAAUCUACUGAUCUUCGGUCUGUUCCCUCUGAAUUUUCAUUUGUGAAUGAACCCACAGGCUCAAAUUCUGAUUCAAUCCCAAUCAUUGAUUUCUCUUCACUUACCUCUGGAAAUCCUGAUCAAAGGUCCAAAGUCAUUCAAGAACUUGGUAAAGCUUGUGAAGAAUGGGGUUUUUUUGUGCUGGUAAACCACGGGAUAUCGGAAACCUUAAUGAAGGCAACAAUAGAAGGGGCUUUGGAGUUCUUCGAUUUGCCAGAGGAGGAUAAGCAAAAGUAUGAAGCGAAGCAUGUUUCAGAUCCAAUCAAGUAUGGCAGAGGCAGUGCCAUAACUACUUCGGACAAGAAGAUUUUCCUCUGGAGGGAUUUUAUAAAAUCCUAUGUCCAUCCUGAAUUUCAUUAUCCUGAUAAACCUCAAAACUUUAGGGAGAUUAUAUUUGAGUACGCAAAAAGAAGCCGAUUUGAUUUCAACCUGAGUUACAAGGAACUAUUUGCUGCAAAUUAUUAUCCACCUUGUCCACAGCCAGAUCAAGCAAUUGGGCUCCCACCACAUACAGAUCAUGGUCUUUUGACCUUUUUAAUACACAAUGGAGUGACUGGACUACAAAUACAACAUAAUGGGAAGUGGUUUAAUACAAAUUCACCUCAGAAUUCCAUUCUAGUUAACACUGCCGAUCAGCUUGAGAUAUUCAGCAAUGGGAGAUACAAGAGUGUGAAGCAUAGAGCUGUUGUGAAUAACCAAGCAACAAGAAUUUCUGUUGUUAUACCCAAUGGUCCAGCACCAGAGGCCAUUGUUGGUCCAGCUUCACCGUUAGUACAAAGAGACGGGCGUCCACUGUAUCGGCCAUUCAAAUACAUAGAAUAUGUAGAAACACAGCUCAGUAAUACAGUAGAUGGCAAAGUGAACUUGGAUUAUGCGAAGAUCCAAGACAACUAG